UUGAAGUAAAUUCAAUCGGUGCGUUGAAAGUAUAUCACAGGCAGAGUUGAUUUUCUUUCCCGGAGCUCUCUAAAAUGCUUCGCAAUUCCCACAGUAAAGUACAAUCCGCAGCUAGCAGUGAAUCAUAGUAGUUUGAUAGAAUUGAAUACAGGCAAGAAUUGAGUAUAGUUCUUCACUCGCACCCGUAUUUAUACCCACUGCUGUUUCUAAUAUAUGAUGCAAACUUUUCUUAGUUUGGCUUUUGAUGUUACCAAUGUCUUCCGUAUUGGAUAUUAUUUCCGCUUACAUGAAGCUGAUAAGCUGAUAAAUCAAGAUCUAAUAAUCUUCCCUCUUUUCAAACAUACAAGCUUACAUACAUGGUACAACGUUGUUUGAAUUAUAAGAUCAAAGCAUUUCAUACCUGUAUAUAUGUGUAAGAAAAUGAAAUGUGAUAAGAGAUAUUAUGCGCUAGGGUGGAUAUUGUAUCCGAACCAAAUUUGAGUGAAUAUCCCUGGAUGACACAUGUAAUAAGGUUGUGGAGUUAAGACUAAAACGGAGUGGAUGAAGUUGGCUGUUUAUCCGUAUUUAAAUCUAGAAAAAGGCACAAUACAGCAGAACAAAGAUAGUCAAGAAACUCCCACUUCACUGUACCUGACCAAAGACAGAAGAACGGAGAGAGAGAGAACAGAAUCCAUCAUGGGAAGCAUUAAUCCCCCUCAGAUCCUCGACAUCCGUCGAAGCAAAUUUGAAGAGUCUAUCCCAAAACAAGUUGAGGCAGGACUGUUAUCUAGCCCAAAGACCCUUCCGGCACUUCUUUUCUAUAGCACCGAAGGAAUACAACAUUGGAAUCGCCAUUCCCAUGCGUCUGAUUUUUAUCCCAGACAUGAAGAAAUCCAAAUUUUAAAAGACAAGGCCACAGAUAUGGCGGCAUCGAUUGCAGAUGGGAGUGUUGUUGUUGACCUCGGAAGCGCGAGCCUGGACAAAGUCAUACACCUUCUGGAGGCCCUGGAAGCUGCUCGGAAGAAAGUCACCUACUAUGCGCUGGAUUUGAGCUUUUCAGAGCUCACCUCGACCUUACAAACCAUACCGACCGAUCAAUUUGUUCAUGUACAGUUCUCUGCCCUUCAUGGCACAUUUGAUGAUGGCCUCCAGUGGCUAAAAGAAACCCCUGUUAUCCGGGACCAACCACACUGCCUUUUGCUGUUUGGAUUAACAAUCGGAAAUUUUUCCCGCCCAAACGCCGCAAAAUUUUUGCAUAAUAUUGCCUCUCACGCUCUUGUCGGGUCUCCUUCACAGAGCUCCAUUCUACUCACACUAGAUAGCUGCAAGGUCCCUACCAAAGUUAUCCGGGCCUACACAGCAGAGGGUGUCGUUCCGUUCGCAUUGGAGUCACUCAAGUAUGGCAACACUCUCUUCCACCAGAAUGUUGGGGAAAACGUCUUCGAUCCUGAGGAUUGGUAUUUCCUCAGUGAGUGGAAUUACGUUCUUGGAAGACAUGAAGCAUCAUUGGUCCCUCGAUCAAAAGACAUCAAGCUCGGGCGGCCUCUGGACAAAAUUGUGGUAGGCAAACACGAGAAGGUUCGCUUUGGAUGCAGUUACAAAUUCGACUCUGAGGAACGGAAGGAGCUCUUUGAGACUGCUGGGUUACGCGAUGUGAAGUCGUGGUCGAAGGAAGGCUGUGAUGUGGCAUUCUACCAGUUGAAAUGUUGUCCAAACUAA